GAUGAUAGAUGUUCUCUGGGGGUUUGAGGGGAAGCGAGACAGAGACAGAAACAAGAGAGAGACUUUCAGGAGUAAAUCCAAAGAAUACAAAAUACAUGGAGAACCGUUUAGGUACAGAGCCACACAUAGCAACGAAGGAAUGAGAGUGUGAGAAAUAGUCUUAUUCAGGGAAGUGGGCACCAAUUAGUUAAGCAAUUUCAAAUGGUCAGUCCUAAAAACACACAGGAGUAACAUUAUAUGGACUGAGCAGGAUAAACACACACACACACACACACACACACACACACACACACACACACACAUUAAAUAUAUGUAUACAUGCAACAAUUAAUGAAAAAGGGCCAUGGAUUAGAAAGAGAGCAAGACGAAUAUAUUGGAGGCUAAAGAGGAAGGAAAGGGAAUGAGGAAAUGAUGUAAUUAUAUUACAAUCUCAAAAAGAAAAAAAAUUGUUUCAGAAAGGCUCAGAGCUAUAAAACAGAGCAUGUAGAAAACAUCCAACAAUCAAUGAUUGUUCAUUUCUUCCAUGUUGCCUCAAUUGUGCUUUCUGGAAAUUUAUCCCUUUCUUCCUCAACAGCACUUUAAAGGGAGAUUGCAAAUACAUGAAUAAGGUCUUGGUAGGUAUCCAAUUGUGUCAGUAGGAAAAGCAACAAAGAUGCAUUUGGGAAAAAAAUUAAAGGACAUGAUACUCUACUUCUCUACCUUAAGUGUGUAUUUGUAAGCUAUUCUAGUUCCCUACCUUAAAUCUUUAUUUUUAUAAACACCACGCUAAGAACAAAGUGCACAACUAUAAUGACGUAACUGUUAGAUAUCAUGCACGGGUUGUUUUCCUGCCAGAAUUUUUCUUACAAUAUGGAAAAGGCAGUCUGGAGUGUUUUAUCAGUCAAUAUAGACUACUCUUGUUUGUUUUGAAUAAUUUUAGAACCUCGUAAAAUUAUUUUAGGCUUGUGCAUUGUAUUUUUAAGUCACAGUAACUAUGACUCAAUUUUUCACCUCACUAGCUCUCCCUUUAUUCUUGUGUUUUAUAAACUAUUUUCCAUAUUAUUGUAACUUCAUAAUGUACAAGCAAUAGAGAAUAUAACUGCAAUGGAUUUCUUAGUUUAUUUAGAUUAUUUAUGUUUUUGUAUAUUCAUUGUACAUAGUACUGUGCUACAUAAUAACAUUUUUCAUAAAAGAGUAUAUUAUAUCUCAAGCGAAACCCUUAAUUUCAUUUUUCAUUUGAUUUUUAUCAAAGACGUUUCAUGAUUUUCCUAGAUAGGAAGCCUUAUAGGUUAUCAUUUUUCUUUUGGGUAUAACUCUUCAUUACUUGACCUCUUAAGGCCAUAAGAAUAACAUGAAAAUAGGACAUUCAUCGACAUAAAAUUAUUUUGAGAAAAAAUCAACUUUGCUCACUAUCAAUUCAUUCAAGGUUCUGCACAAUUUUAUCCUCCUUUCUGUUUUCAGAAGAUAUUCCACUUAUGUUACUUCUUGCCAAAUCAAGUUUUAACUUCUUUUGUGUGUCUCUUCCUAACACUAUUUCAGUUAUACCUACCAACUUCUAUGCACAUGUCAGUUCCUAGUUCCAGAUGAAGGUCUUCCAAGCAGCACUGUCAGUCACUGAACAUCCCUCCUGAAACCCUCAGUUGCUUUGUUUGUAACCAUGUAAAUUUAUGCGUGAGCCCAUUCCACAGAGCAGACAUGUUCUAAAAGAAGAGGGGAAAUGCUUAGCUGAGAGAAUAAGGAGUUCCAGAAAUAAUAGAUUCUGAAAAUGAAUCUUGGAAUCCAAGGUCAAAUAUCAGAUGUGAGUGCUUUGCCCAGGGCUAAUGGAUACUAAAGUGUGUCACUGCAGCAGGAAAUGAUAUCAGCCUAAACUGGGACCUAGGGAUCCCUAUAUUCCUAAUAGGGCAAUUAUCACCAGGCAUGAGAGUGACCAAGAGCAAAAUCUUCUGGGAACCUGCAUUGUGAUCACUACUUCUGCACAGUUAGGUCUUUACUAUGAGAUGUUUCCAGGCUGUCAAGUCACAUUCUUGACUAGGAUUCUAAAGAAAAUGAAAAUAAAUUUCUCACUCUGAGCAAGUCAAGAUUAAAGACCUGAUUCUGAUGAAGUAAUUGCCUUUAUUGACAUAAUCUGUAGUCUGCAUAUAAUCGGAACAUAAUUUAAAGGUCCCCUAACCUGAAUAUAGCUGAAUAUAUUGUCACAGGGAUGGAUUUUCACAUGUAGAGACUGUUGGAGAGAAGUAAGUGGUUAUUCUGACAGUGUUAUCCACGUUUUUCAAUUUUUAUAAAAGGUUCUGUGGUCAAUAAGUUGGAGAGGCCUCACAUAUAAAGAUCUUAAAAACUCACAAAGUUCAUUGGUAGUUCUUUCAAAUUUACAAGGCAAAGCACACAGGCUAGAGUUGCUUGAGAAUACUUUCUCCCAAUUCAUUCGCCUAAAAGCCUUUUCUUGGGUAUUAUGUCUUGAUAACGUAUAUAAGCAAGAUAUUAGGACAAAUGCAGAGAGACAUCAUGAAUGAAGCAUUCAUUUAAGAAUAGAGAGGGCAAAGGCUUGUUGACAUUAGCCAUAAAUCAAUCACAGCAAAUAAACAUACAAACAGUACGGGUUUCAUGAAGAAUAUGGACAUGAACAUAGAUAAUUCUCUUGGUGAUAACUUUCAGAAGAUCUGAAAAAGGAGGCUAGGUUCAUUCUGUGCCAUAUCUAAAAAGAAACUGAAAAUUUCUUAUAUUACAUUAUAAAAUUUUAUAUUAUAAAAUAUAUAUAAACUGCUGUGCUGACCCUGUCUUUAUGCCUCCAGAGCAGGGUUGGAACAUCAUUAGAUCAGUGUUAUAUAGGGUCCAAGUUAGCAUUAAGUCUUUAAUGCAAAAAUGCUUUUAAAUAAGCUAUUAGACACUAAAAAAUUUUGACUCAUUAAACAAUAGCUGUUAGAUAUGCUGCUGGUGCCCUGGGUUCUUGAGUGAAAAACUAUACUGGCAAGUUUAAUGUCAACUAGACACAAGCUAUAGUUAUUGGGAAGAGAUAUCCUCUAUUGAGAAAAUGAGUCUACCAGAUUAACUCUGGACAAACCUGUUCUUUAUUUUCUUGAUUAAUUGAUGUGGGAAGAUCCAUCACUUUAUGAGUGUUGUCACCUCUUGACUGGUGGUCCUGGGUACAGACUGAGCAAGCCACGAUUGAGCAAGCCAGUAAGCAGCAGUCCCUAAUGGCCCCCUGAAUCAACUCUUAUUUACAGAUUCUUGCUUUGCAUUCCUUCCCUGAAUUGCCUGGAUGAUGUACUGACAAAAAUUGUAGGAUGAAAUAAACCUCUUCUUCCCCAUGUUGCUGAUGAUCCUGGUGUUUAAUUUUAACACUAGGAACCUAACUAAGACAAAGAAUUUAAGCCGUGCAACCAACUGGAUAGCUAUCAUGUCAAAAACAGAUGCUGCAAACACUGAUGGCUUGAAGCCACAGAAAAACUACAUCUGCUCACUCUUGAAGUAGAAUAUCAGCUCCAGAAAGGACUCUGUCAGACGUAGCUGUCUCAAACAAUUUAAGUCAGACCUUCAGAUCAGAAGACUUGAUAAACUUCAGAUACUAUUCGUUCUUAGAUGUUCUCAAUUAAGGCCAUGGUGGAGAGCCCUUCCCUGUCAGCCUAACAGAAGUCUCAUGAUUAAUUCAAAAUCAGUUCUUCCUAUGUAAGGUCCAUCUCAGAAUUUCCUCUCAGGACUGCAUUUGUGUGUUGGUGAAAAUUUGUGAAAGUUGUAUGUUCUCUUGAAUUUAAUUGUAGGAACUUUCAAAUUUACUUCCUGGUCUUUUCAAUGAGUGACUAGUCUCUCAAAAGUUUCUUGUUGGAUGCCAAGUGAUUUUGCAGUCUCUGUACUCUCCUUCUUCUGAUUUCUAGUUUGAUUAUACUAUUAUGUGAUAUAAUAAAAUGAAUUAAUUUUAUUCUUCUAUGGCCCUAUUUACCUUAUGUCAUAAUAUGCCAAUGUCCUAGAAACAAAAGCUGUCAAAACUGUUCAAUGUAGAAACACAAGAUCUGAAUUUUCCUAAAAAUAGUUGUGUAGACUAAAUCAGUGCUCAUGCUAUAUAAUCCUGGAACAGAUGAGGUUUUUGUGGGUCCUGUUGCAUACUAGUGGUCUCAGGGUGCUCAGAGAAGCUAGGGACCAGGGUUUCAGGUGGUGGUGGGUUUGGUUGGUAUAAAAAUCUCAGGAAAUUGUAUCAGAACCAAAAUGACAGAGCUGGUUUGCAUAGGUCAAGGCAGGGUAAAGGGGAAGAAAAAGGAAAAGGGACAAAAUGCACUUAAUUUACCUAUGCAGACCUGAUUGAAGACAGGCAAAUGUUAAUGACAAACCAAACACAAAAGCUCUCUGGAGGAGGCAGGAACUUUCCAAGCCUAUCAGUUAGACUGACAGAGGGCAUCAUAUUAUUUCUGAGUAGCCUGUUCACUGGUAGGAAAACAGAAGCCUAACUGAUGCUACCAUGACAUGGCCUUAGUCUAUAUGGGGUUGAGUAGGCCCAAGCCUUAUUUGCGUAGAGAGUGAGCCCACCCUUGCCAUGCUUUCAGGAAGGUGUCUGGGGUAUGGGCAUCACUCUAAGAUUCCUUCAUCUGACUUGAGAACCCAAAUUUUUGGUGGAUUCUUCCAACCACUUAAUAAAGGAUAAAUAUUAACCCUCAAAUGCUUCCAAACGAUUGGAGAACAUGGACCACCACCCUCUCUUUCUGUUGUCCAGAUCAGGUCAAUAUUAUCUCCUUUGGCGAGGCCAAACAGACCUCUCAUGAGAAUAAAACUUAAACCAACAUCACUGUAGCAAAGAUGAAGCAAUAACAACAAAAAUCAUCUACCACACAAUAAUAGGGACAGAAUACAGAAGAAUAGUAGAACAAUUUACAAACUAUGUGAUUUUUAUUAGAAAUCAGUAUGUGUAUAUAUCAGUAACAUAAUUAUUACAGAUGAUGAAAAAUUCAUUUCAUAAAAUCCAAAAUAUUUUCAUGAUUUAAAAAAAAUGAUAACUUAGUAACAGAAAGAAACAACCAGCACCAACAGCAAACCCACAGUGUGAUGAAACAUACUACGUUGUGACUGAGAACUUUACUCAGCUAUCACUAACAAGGUAGGAAUAGAAUAUUCAUCACCUUAGAAACUCAGAGUGCCUAGGCAUGAACAACUGCUGUGGUUUAUAAGACUUAUUCUCCAGGAGACCAUAUGUUGGAUCCUUGUCAUCAGUGUAGCAAUUUUGAUUCAAUAGAGGAUCAUUUUAUUGGAAUACCUCCUUGUGGAUGGAAUGAUUCAGAUGUUCUGUGACAGAACUAUUUCUCAGGAGAAAGGGUUGUUGCAGAAUUUAGCUCUUCUGCACAGAGCUAUUGUCCUAUCCAUAAGGACUCUCAGGAGGGCAAUGAGAAGCAAUGAGAAGCCUCCUGCAACUCACCAGUGAGAAGACAUGGUGAGUCUCCUGGGGAGAGUGAGAGGACAAGGACUCAGAAGACAGAACAAUUUUUGUGUAAUAUGUUCAUAGCUCAUAGUUUUCCAGGAAAGGAGAAUAUGCAUAUAAUGGGAAUAGUAAAGUCAGUGUGUGUGUGUGUGUGUGUGUGUGUGUGUGUGUGUGUGUGUGAUACUGGAUACUAUCUUGAAGGACAUGUUGCUCUCUCAUGAGACGUACAAUCUUCUUGAUGUCAGGCAUAGUUUCUGUCUGCAACCAAAGCUUUUCAAUACAAUGUAGAGAUGAAUAUGGAGAUAGUGUGGGUUCCCUGUAUGCUGUAAGGUGAGGAUGAACUGAAACCCAGGAGUGGCUAAUCAGAAUUAGAAACCACUUUAUUAUCUCUUCAUAUACUGUAAUUUGAGGUAAGUGCCACAAUUAAUUUAUUAAGUGUAGGCCGGGGAAAAGUGAACUGAAGUAUAUACAAGGACAUCAGAUACUCAAAACAUUUUUCUGUUCCUGAUAUUCUAAUUAGCUAUUGUCUCUUUCUUUGAGUGCUAUUAAAAUUUAUGCAGACUCCUUCAUCCCUCUCAGAAAACUGCUAUGUAUUGUAUUAAUGGUUUAUUUCAUAGUAAAUUAGAAUUCACUUAUUACUGUAAUACUCAGGUUAUGCAGUGUAUUGUAAUCUAGUCAAGUGAUCUCACUUGUGUUUCUGUUGUGUUGAGCUAAAGUGUCACUCAGCUGCAUAAAUGAUACUAGGUGAGUGAACGUAGAGAAACUGGGAAGUUAGGGGUGAGCCUUCUGAUAAUCUUUUCUGAAGCAAUGUACACAAGUUAUGUGUGCUGAUAAAGAAUUUUAGAAGUAGUCACCAUAUAAUAGUGAAUAUGAACACUUCCUGAGAGUUUCUAUAGACAAACACUGCAGUAUUUCAGAAACAUUUUCUAACAGUGUGAGGUGUCCUUAAAAGAUCAAAAAAGGUACUGAACCUACUAGUGAACAUUUCUACCCUUUUGACACCAGGGGAAAACAGUGGGUUUUUUUUUCCACUAUACCAUUCACAAAACAAAGAGCUAUGUAGAGUGUGCUCCAGACUAUGUAAGGUAUCAUGCUAAGCCAAGAUAGUAAGAUAUUUUGCGUCAUCUCUUGCAUAUGUACAGUUGCCCAAAAACCACACCUUGUGAUAAAAACCUUCAGAAUCUUACUAGUGCUUAGUGCAUACUUGACUUUUAUAACACUAAAGCUCUAUGUAUAAAAUAGAACUGAUUGUUGAUAGGAAACCAGUUCAUACAGCUCAACUAGAAAGAUGGUGAGGAUUACAUCAUAUGGUGCUAACAAGGAAAUAAUGAGCCCAAAUUUUAGGUCAAGAAAAUGUAAGAGGUGAUAGGCAGAUGGGACUUCUACUUCAGAGUGUUGUGACACUUUUUUCAAGAAUCUUGAUACUCUUUCUGAGUAAAUCAUUCUUAUUACACAAAUUGAAAUGAAAAUAUAACAUUCUGGGUCCAAGGUGAGUUUCAGAAAGUUUAACUGAGAGAGGCAAGACCACACUCUCUAACUAGCAGCUAUCUCUACAAAUGCAGAGACUACUAAUGAAUUACAAGGUGCUUAAAAAAUAUUUCGGAUUGAAAAUUAGCCAUUUGCUCUGUUGGCUUUUUAGGGGGGUUGUUUAUUUGUUUUUUGUUUUGUUUUAAUUUAAUAUUGUACUGAGGAAUGUUUCUAGUACAUUAAAAAUAAGUAUAAAAUGAAUCACAAGAGAAUUAUCAGCAUUUCAGCAUUUUUUUUACAAGAGUGGAGUCCACUGAGAGGCCCAGUAAGUACAACAGAUUUCCUGCUUCAUACUUGUCAGAGCCUUAAGUCAGUCCUGUGUUCUCUAUCCUUAUAUUUUUAAAACUUCUGCCUGAAUGGGUGCAUAUCUAAUAUAAUAGGUCCAAUAAGCUAUUAUAUACAUCUAUAUCCCCCUAGGAUAAAAAUUAUGUAUGGUUUUUGUUUUGUUUUUUUUUUGUUUGUUUGUUCUUUGUUUUCCAUUACCCCCGAUAGCAAAAUAAUCUUGUGAUCAAUUAAUGAAUAGAAACAAAUAGUGUGGAUUAUGGUGUGAAAUUGCCCAAAUUAGAGUGUACACAAAGGUAAAUCUAAAGUGGUUGUGGGUAGACACACAUACAUGUUCAUGUCCUGUGUAGCUGAUAAGCAUUCAGCACCUGAUCAACUUAAGUAAUUUAGGAAAUUAACUUAAUUCUCACUACAGCAACCUCAUGGGGAAUACAUUUUUCCCAGUUCCUUUUAUAAGUGACCAAAUGGAGAAACAGAGUGUGAACAAAUGCUGUUGUCCUGUAUCGCUGUUUAUACUAACAUUGAAACUCAUACACAAUCUCCCAAGAGUGAUCCCUUGCUCUACUCUAUUGUGCUUCUCUGAGUGUGUGUUUCUGCAUGAAUAUACAGGCACAUGUAUGCAUUUUCAUGUCUUAUAUGUGUUUAUAAACAUAGCAUGUUUAUUUAUAAUAAUUUUGAAAUACUGAAGCCCACAUUUGAUUUGUGGAUCAAACAUGAGCUGAUAUAGUCACAUACAAUAUAACAUAACCUGGUGAUAUUUCAUUAUAUCAAGUAAAGAGAGGGAGGGUCUAACAGGCUGGUGAUAUCUCCUAUUCCACCUUGUCAGGAUAAUAUGGUGCAUUCAGAUUUUUGACAAAUAAACCAAACUUCAGCAAAGACACAUACACCCCACAAACAGUAAGGGUUAUUUGGAAGGGAAAAUUAUCAGACUGGAAGAAAAAUAAGUUUGCUCCAUCUCCAAUUUUUGAGGGACAUGAGACUGAACUUCAGAGGAUAUAAUGGGAAGGGACAGGCAGAAUACCUAAGGAGUCAGAGUUAGCUAAACACUGGAACUUCUCAUUACAUGAGAACUCAUGGAUUGGUAAAGAUGGCAAACAUAAUGAUAAGAACAUUGAAAUCCAUACUUAGUCUCUGUAUAAGGCAACAAUGUGAAAGAAAUGAGAAGUAGUCACCACCAGAGUGUGAAAAACAGAGUGUAACUGUAGGCCGAAGAGGUGGAUGAUUUACAGAAAAUAGACAAAGCUAUGCUAGAACUUAAGAGGUUUUUUUUUUUCAUGAAAGCAAUCAAGGAAGCACACGGUAGCUGCCCUGUGAGAAAAUGAGCAAAGAGAAACGAAGUGCAUAGAUACUAUGUGUACAGAAAUACAGGUAGUGUGAUGGGGCUGUCAUGUAAGAUCUGUUGAGAUGGAAGGUUCAGAAGAAGUGUCUAUCAAGCUAGGCACCAUAGCCUGCUCCUAGAUUUCCAACACUCAAAAGAUUGAGGCAGGGAAAUUAUGAAUUUUUAGUUAGCCUGGACUACAUACCAAGACCCAAUCUCUUCUACUCUAAAAAAGAAUAAAAAUAAAAAAUAAAAGAUUCUUUAUUCAACUCAGUGGCCUGACUCAUAGAAUAUCAGGAAUAAUAUUAAGAAAACAGAAAUUUUUAUUGGAUAUCUUUUAUUUAAAUUUCAAAUGUUAUUUCCUUUCCCAGUUUCCUUUCCAUAACCCCCCUAUCCCAUCCCCCUCCCUUUCUUCUAUAAGGGUGUUCCUCCUCCCCUUCUUCCAAAAGGGUGCUCCCCCUCCCCAACCACCCACCUUUCCACCUCCCCUCCCUAACCUUCCCCUAUAUUGGGGUGUCUAGCCUUGGCAGGACCAAGUGUUUCUCCUCCCAUGGUGCCCAAAGAAGCUAUCCUCUGCUAUUUAUGCAGCUGGAGCCAUGGGUUUGUCCAUGUGUAUGUACUCUUUGGGUAGUAGUUUAGUCCCUGGGAGAUCUAGUUGGUUGGUAUUGUUCUUAUGGGGUUGCAAGUACCUUCAGCUCCUUCGAAAACAGAAAUUUAACGUUCAGGCAAUGAGAUACUCUUACUAAGAAAACAUGAUGGGAACUACUAUGUUACACAAAUCAGUUACCCUGUUGAAGUUUGUGGUAUGAAGGGCUAUGGUUGUGUUUGGUUGAACGCACAUCUCUCCCACAUCUCAGUUUAUGCAUUUAAAGAAGCUUCUCUGACUACCUCAUUACUGUUCCGACACCAGCACAUGUCCUGCCUUUAAUUCUAUGCAUGACAGAAAUCAUUUCUUUAUUGAGUUGUUAUUUGGUUUUACUUACCUUUCACAAAAAUAUGAGUCUUAUUUCAGGAAAUGAUAAUCUUAAUACCUGUAUCUAAGCCCUAGUGAGAGCAAUCACAGAGUAACCUGGGUCCAAUACACACAGGGAAUGGUGUAAGAGACUGUAUCUGAGGCAACAGGAAAGCAUAGAGACAAGUGGGUAGAUCAGCUUUUCUGGGUAACAUUGAUAACUAGUUAAUGAGAAGAAUGGGUAGAAAACUGAGCUACAAUUAAUGUUUAUGAUUUCUUAUUUGAAUGAUAGCUUACACGUGUAGCUCAAUUCAGACCCACGGUAAGUCUUCUGCAUGAGCGUCAUUGUGCUGGGACUACAAAUGUACACCAUCUUCUGUAAAUCCUUGUACACUUUGACAAUGCUCAGUAGACUUGGGAAAAUCUCCCGAUGCAAAAAAAGAAAGUAUUAGACAUGCAAACUUGUGAGGAUGAGUCAUUGUUUCUAAGCUUUGAUUUUUUGACUGUAGAGAAAGAUUCUGUCUCUGAUGUAAUUUAUGUUCUUAAAAUAAUAAAAGGAUUAAUUUCGCCCACAGGCAAGAAUGGUUCUAAUGAUUUGCUGUCCUUUCUUUCAGGAGAUGAGUGUCAACUGUUCUCUGUGGCAGGAGAAUAGUUUGUCUGUCAAACGCUUUGCAUUUGCCAAGUUCUCUGAGGUCCCUGGAGAAUGCUUCCUCUUGUUCACUCUUAUACUACUAAUGUUCUUAGUAUCACUAACAGGAAAUACUCUCAUAGCCCUUGCUAUUUGCACCAGUCCAUCGCUACACACCCCCAUGUACUUCUUUCUGGCCAACUUGUCUCUCCUGGAGAUUGGCUAUACUUGCUCUGUCAUACCCAAGAUGCUGCAGAGCCUUGUCAGUGAGGCCCGAGAGAUCUCUAGGGAGGGAUGUGCCACACAGAUGUUUUUCUUCACAUUUUUUGGUAUAACUGAGUGCUGCCUACUGGCAGCCAUGGCCUUUGACCGCUGCAUGGCCAUAUGCUCCCCACUCCACUAUGCAACCCGAAUGAGUCGUGAGGUAUGUGCCCAUUUGGCAAUUGUUUCAUGGGGAAUGGGAUGCACAGUAGGUCUGGGACAGACCAAUUUUAUUUUCUCCUUGAACUUCUGUGGACCCUGUGAGAUAGACCACUUCUUCUGUGACCUUCCACCUCUCCUGGCACUUGCCUGUGGUGAUACAUCCCAAAACGAGGCUGCCAUCUUUGUGGCAGCAAUCCUCUGUAUAUCUAGUCCAUUUUUGCUGAUCAUUUAUUCCUAUGUCAGAAUUCUUGUUGCAGUGCUGGUGAUGCCUUCACCUGAGGGGCGCCACAAAGUACUUUCCACCUGUUCGUCUCACCUACUUGUAGUCACACUUUUUUAUGGCUCAGGAUCUGUUACCUAUUUGAGGCCCAAGUCUAGCCACUCACCAGGAAUGGACAAACUCUUGGCCCUCUUCUACACAGCAGUGACAUCCAUGCUGAACCCUAUCAUCUACAGUUUAAGGAACAAGGAAGUCAAGGCAGCACUGAGAAGAACUCUGGGCCUGAAAAAAUUCUGUCAAUAAAUACGUAACAGAAUCAUGCAAAGCUGCUAUUAAUAAAAAUGUGCAAAGAGCCAGAUUAAAAAAAGAAAAA